AGCUGUGUAGCUUUACACAAAAAGAUUUCUGGAGUCAUCUACUCUUUACUUUUCCUUUUCAAGAAUAAAAGUCCUGUUCUUUUUGGCAUUCUUAGCAAUGAUUUGUUAAAUCUCUUAGAAGAUCUAAUUAACCUGAAUGAAAUAAGCCUGGAAAGGUCUGUGGACUGGCCUAUUACAGUGUGCAGGUUUUUGUGCAGCUCAAUGGAAAACCAGUUCAACCUAAGAGAUGCACCUUUUCAGCUGCAUCACAUGCAACAAGUGGAGUCUUUGGAGACCACAUUGUUAAUGGUCCUGGCUAAUGAUGACCAUGAUAUCUCUGCUUUUUAUUUUCAAAGGCAGAACCUUAUACUGUGGGGAAUAGGAUGCUCUUUGCUGGACUAUGGUGGUACGGAGCUUAAGAGUCUGGCACUGAAUUUCCUAAGAGAGCUUAUCACUCUUGGAGGGCCACCUGAACAGCCUGCACAUUUUUUCUUCACUGUGUUUUUUGGAUUGUUGGCAUGUGUAAAAGAUAUGGAUUUGGAAGAACAGUUGCUUUUUGAGACUCCAAUAUUAAAGCUGGUAAAAGUGCUAUUCUCAUUGGAGCCUGAGUCCUACACAAGCAUAGGACCUGUCUAUCUUAGCAUGUCACUGGCAAAGCUUGCAGCAUUGUUUGAUGGUGGAAUACUGAAAGAUGUUCAGUCUGAUGUUUUAAAAGAAGCAUUUUGUCAUAUGGUUUACUACUUCUUAUCUGUUGUUCCUCUGGGCUAUGAAUCAGCUAAGGAGGUCCGGAAUCAGCAGGUUUGCUGCAUCUGUAAAGCUUUCGUGGACAUUCUUGGCACUCAGAACAAACAUAUGUACUUGAUCCCUUCACUGUAUGCUGUGCUGAGAAGAGAAGGC